AUGCAUAUGGCAGUUUCUCGUCAACCCGAAGAGGAAACAUUAAUAUCUGAAAAAGUUGCAAAUGCAGCUAAACAUUCUGAUUUUGAAUCCUCUGAACGUGUUUUUAUAAAUGUGUCCGGUUUAAAAUUCGAAACAACACUACAAACAUUAAAUAAUUUUCCUAAAACUUUAUUGGGAAAUCCCGAACGAAGACUAAAAUAUUUUGAUCCGUUAAGGAACGAAUAUUUUUUUGAUCGUAAUCGUCCAAGUUUCGAUGCUAUUCUAUAUUAUUAUCAGUCAAAUGGUGGUCUAAGGAGACCGACUCAGGUUCCAAUAGACGUAUUCACGGAAGAAAUCAUUUUUUUUGAAUUAGGUGAAGAUACGUUUAAUAAGUUUCGAAAAGACGAAGGAUUUAAGAAAGAAAAAGAAAAAAUUUUACCAAGGUCGAAAAUUCAACGAAACGUUUGGUUAUUAUUUGAAUAUCCAGAAACAAGUCGAUGGGCUCGUGUUAUUGGAAUUAUUUCUGUGACAGUCAUUUUAUUGUCAGUUGUUAUAUUUUGUUUAGGUAUGUAUUAA